AUGGCGUCCAUGGACCAGGCCGUGCUCGGCAAGUACAUGGGCCUCGACACGGGCGACGACUGCCAGGUCGAGUACGUCUUCCUCGACAAGGACCAGGUCGCGCGGUCCAAGUGCCGCACGCUGCCCCUCAAGAAGGUCCAGGGCCCCGUGGACGCGUACCCCAAGUGGAACUACGACGGCUCGUCGACGGGACAGGCGCCCGGCGACGACUCCGAGGUCAUGAUCGUGCCCCGCGCCAAGUACCCCGACCCCUUCCGCGGCGGGAACCACGUCCUCGUGCUCUGCGACACCUACGAGCCCGACGGGACGCCUCUACCGACGAACACGCGCGCGCCCGCCGUCGCCCGCUUCGAGUCGGGCGGCGCGAAGGAGCAGGUGCCCUGGUACGGCCUCGAGCAGGAGUACACGCUCUUCAACCUCGACGGCGUCACGCCCCUGGGCUGGCCCGUCGGCGGCUUCCCCAAGCCCCAGGGCCCCUACUACUGCGGCGCGGGCGCGGACCGCGCGUUCGGCCGCGCCGUGUCCGAGGCGCACUACCGCGCGUGCCUCUACGCGGGCCUCGAGGUCUCGGGCACGAACGCCGAGGUCAUGCCCGGCCAGUGGGAGUACCAGAUCGGCCCCUCCAUCGGCAUCGACGCCGCGGACCAGCUCACGAUCUCGCGCUACAUCCUCAGCCGCGUCUGCGAGGACCUCGGCGUCAUCGUCACCAUCGACCCCAAGCCCAUCGCCGGCGACUGGAACGGCGCGGGCAUGCACAUCAACUUCUCCACCGAGUCCACGCGCAAGGAGGGCGGCCUCGCGGUCAUCGAGGCCAUGUGCGAGAAGCUCGGCGCGAAGCACACGGAGCACAUCGCCGCGUACGGCGAGGGCAACGAGCGCCGCCUCACGGGCGACUGCGAGACGGCCUCCAUCGACCAGUUCUCCUACGGCGUCGCCGACCGCGGCUGCUCCAUCCGCAUCCCCCGCGACACCGCGGCCGACAAGAAGGGCUACCUCGAGGACCGCCGCCCCGCGUCCAACGUGGAUCCCUACGUCGCGACGUCGCUCAUCUUCGCGACCUGCACGUCCGCCUAG